AUGGCGAUGAGGGUUAACGACCGUACCCACUUUGAGGCGCCGGUGGGUGAAGAGAGGAAAAAAUCGAUUGACCAAGUCAGCGGUGUCGCCGGCGUUGGCGGCGGCGGUGUUGGUAGUGGUGCUGGUGUGGUGGUGAACCGCCGGAUGAAAUGGAAAAAAGAACACAACAUUGCAAAGCUCAAUGGUCCCGGCACUCUCGAGCAGCUGGAAAUGAUGGAACAGGCAGCGAACGCUUCAACAGGGUCCGUGGACCGACCACAACCCCUGUUUCUGGGAUCUCCGUCCCACAAACCGCGGGGACAGCGUGGAUCCCACCAAUUCGAUUCCGAUUCUCGAUCUGUGGAGACUCCUAGUGACUCAGGAGCUCCUUCGCAGCCGAUAUCUGACACAGCUAUGUACCAGCGUCCGGAUGUGUCUCUGAAUUGUCACUCUCUUGUUAAUUCCUCCAACGACGGAGAGGAAUUUGACGAAGGAUGUGGCGAGGUCUACGACAUGCGUCAAGUUAAAAAAUUCAAACACCCUUCUGGCUCCCCUCUUGAUCUUCACCCCCAGGACUACCCGCCACCGAAGCUCCCCCCUCCCCACCCCUAUCAACCGGGCAAUCCUCCUGACAGCUUCUGCCAGAACCCAAUUCAAAGACACCACGAAGCAGCGAAACCGAUGUGA